AUGUCUUUGUACAACACAUUUAUGGAUGUUGAAGCCAAUGACACGUAUUUAACUCUUGAUGGACAUGUGGACUUGCAUAAAUACAAAUAUCUUUAUUUUUCAGUUACACUGACUGUCUAUAUUUUCAUUGUUAUCUGUAAUCUGACCAUUGUGUAUGUAAUUUGGAUGCAUAAAAACCUCCAUGAGCCCAUGUACAUUUUCAUUGCAGCUUUGCUUUUGAACUCUCUUGUUUUCAGCACUAAUAUCUAUCCAAAACUUAUUUCAGAUUUUCUGUCUGAAAAACAGGUUAUAUCAUAUCCUGCUUGUUAUUUACAGUUUUUCCUAUUUUAUUUUUUGGGUGCUUCAGAGUUUUCACUGUUGGCAGCUAUGGCAUAUGAUCGUUAUGUGUCUAUAUGUAAACCUUUGCAAUAUACAACAAUAAUGGGAAAAACCACAGUCAGCAUUUACCUAAGUUUAGCUUGGCUGGUGCCUGCUUGUCUUAUUGCAGUUAUGGUAACACUGAGUACUAGUAUAAAACUCUGUAAAUUGAGCAUUAAUGGAAUUUUAUGUAAUAACUCAAUUUACAGUCUCCACUGUGUAGGUUCAAAGGUGCAAACAGUAUUUGGUGCUGUCGUACUGGUUAUAACUCUAUUGUUUCCUCUGCUUUUCAUAGUUUUCACUUACUCUAGAAUAUUUAUAAUAUCAUAUCGCAGUUCCAAAGAGGUCAGAAAGAAAGCAGCUCAGACAUGCUUGCCGCACCUACUAGUUUUGAUCAGUUUCUCCUGUUUGUGUGCAUUUGAUGUUAUCAUAGUCCGACUGGGAUCCAACUUUACAAAGGUUGUCCGAUUAGUAAUGACUUUACAGGCGAUUUUGUAUCACCCUUUGUUUAAUCCAAUCAUUUAUGGUUUGAAAAUGAAAGAAAUAUCAAAACAACUGAGAAGGAUGUUUAAUCAAAUUAAGGUAAUGAACUAA